CCGCUUACACUUGCCAGCUACCUGGAGACGCCUCCAUGUCCACCUUCUGAAGCCCUAUCAGGAUCCAAACACGAUCUUCGUCGGACGCCAACCGCCGCCGCCGCCGCCCGUCCUCGUCCAGAAUGAACCCAAGUACGAGGUCGAGUCCGUGCUUGCUCACCGCCGUCGACGGAAUGGCACUGUGGAGCUUCUCAUCCGUUGGAAGGGUUAUGAUCCUUCUGGGGACAGCUGGGUACCUGAGUCCGACAUGGGUAACACCCGUCGUCCUCUGCAUGACUACCUU